UUCAACUUCACACAGCGCUCAUCUUCGUAGCAUCCCGGUCUUCGGUCUUCAGUCUUCAGAUGUGGAAGCUCCAUCGUCGGCAGAAGCAGAGCAUGUGGAGGCCGGAUUCAUGAUAACGGCACAUGUUAAUAUGAAGACAAGGAGAUAAAAAAAAACGACCUGUCUAAGUCCCAGCUGAGAUAAAACUAGGUGGAGUGAUGAUGCUUGCUGUUGACUGAGGUCCAUGCCGAGACACAAAAUGAAGAGUAGGCUGCUCCGUGGUUUUCUGUCGGAAGUUUUCGUCCGGAUGGCACUUUUAGUGGUGUUUCUUGUGACGGAGCAGCUUCCUCCUUUCUACCGUGAGAUCCAGACAGAGGAGAUGUGGUUGUAUAAAUUCCAUCGUGUGGAGCGAGACCACGUGCCCACAUUUCUUAUGUUUUGUGUGGCGGUCUUCAGUCCACUGGUUGUAAUCAUGGUUUUCACCUUCCUGAAGAAGGCGGAGAGAGGGGACCUGAAAGAAGCCUCGCUGGCUGUGACGCUGACUCUGGUGCUGAAUGGAGUUUUCACCAAUGUUAUCAAACUUGUUGUUGGCAGGCCACGACCAGACUUCUUCUACCGCUGUUUCCCAGAUGGUCAGAUGAACCUGGAGCUGCACUGCAGUGGAGACCCAGAUGUUGUCAUGGAGGGCAGGAAGAGCUUUCCCAGCGGACACUCUUCCUUUGCCUUUGCAGGUUUGGGUUUCACUGCCCUGUACAUUGCAGGAAAGCUGCGCUGCUUCAGCGCAGCAGGCCAAGGCAGAGCCUGGCGGCUGUGCGCCUUCCUUACUCCUUUGCUCAUUGCAGCUAUGAUUGCUCUCUCCAGAACCUGCGACUACAAACACCACUGGCAAGAUGUGUUAGUGGGUUCUCUGCUGGGUCUUACCUUCGCCUGGCUGUGUUACAGACAGCACUACCCCCCACUUCAGGACCCAGACUGCCACAGACCCCUGCGCCACAGAGAAACUGUUCCUGCUGCACAGGAAUGGAAGCUGGCCAACUCCAGCUACAUCUUACCCCUGUAGAAUAGCUGUACCUGGGAAAUACUCUCCACUGGUGUCAUUUAUACUGACUCUCAUUCAUUCUAAUUCUGGUUUUCACACUUUUAAGGCUGGUCAGUAUAUUACUAGUUAUCAUUGUUACUGUAUUGUGGGACUUUUCUGUUUAUAUGGUGAUAUAUGAUAAAACAGAUUGUUUUCUAAACUGUAAUGACAAACUAAUCACUGAGUCAGAUUUCUCCUGAAUGGUUUCUAAAACACUUUUAAAAAUCAGGGUUGAGGUUUAAGCGAAAUGCUGGUAUACAGUAUUUUGAUUUCUGAGCAUGGAUGUUCAGGAACAGUACAAGCUGAGGAGAGUCCAAACUCAAAGAUUUGGUCAGUAAUGAGUCAGAUUCAGCAGCAUCUUAUGGUUAUGGAGCUGGCAUAACUGUCAUCACGUGACCUAAAUGUGAAGCACCAAGGAAGCAGACAACAUCAGCUGUCUGUACUGUCUGUACGCACCAGACCAGCUGCAGCUUUGACUGGGAAGAGGUCAGAUUUAUUGACCGUGAAUCAGUAGAGGAGAAAUAUUUUAGGAGGCCACUUCCAUCUAAUGCCAGAGACCUCUACAGUCAAGAGUUUUCUCUUGUGGUGACAUGCACUGCAAGCUCAGUCUGAUCUGUAGUUAACUCAAGAGCAUCUCAGUGGUAUUAAUGAGGGAAGGCCACCACUGUGUCUACAAGGUCAGGGAGCGAACCAGUAACUGCCCAGUCACAAACCCCACCGCUCAAAGCUGUAGAGAACCACCCUCACCACCUGUUAUCACAUGACUGAGAGCUUACAUUGAUGUUCACAUGAUGACAUGAGACAGUGAGAUGCUGUUAAAAUCUCCAGUAGAAAUGGCACAUUGAGCUUAUUUAGUUUUUCAGAGGAAAACCGAUGAAGUAAGAGGCGUUGUAUUUAUUUUUGAAAGGUGUGAGUGAUAGAGAGAAAAUCCUUUCACAGAAUGUUUCCAUUCACAAGUUUUUUUUCUUUGAAAAAAGGGUUCAUGUGCCAGUAUCAAAUCCUGAUGUAGCAGUUCCACUUAGCCCUUCUCACUGUUUUUUCAGUGGCUGCUUUAUUUUUAGUUCUUUGUGACAAACAAAUGAUCGCAUCUCUGCUCUAACUGGACAGCACAUCUGCUAAUAUCACACAUUCUUAUUAGUGUAAAAGAACUAUGCCAUACAAGCUUUCACACAUCAGUGGUCUCAGGCUUGUUGCAGGUCUAACUUUUGCUACUGCACAUUCUCGUGGCUCCUCUGUAACCUCGUCUAAGGUUAAAUGGAGAGAUGUGGUGUACAGGGGUUGGUUUUUGGAGUAGGAGUGGAACCAGAUCUUUCUGAUGAACCUGAAUGGUGUAUGAAAGUAACGUCUCCAGCUGAUGGUGCUAGCCUCCCAGCGCUCCUGCUGGUCAGGGUUUUUAUUGGCAUGUGAUGUUUGGCAGUUUAUUUUUCCCAGUAGUUAUCAUCAGCUUUCAUUUAAGAGUGUGAAAGGUACAGUCUGUGGAUCAGUUAUCUUUUGAGUUUUACUUAUUUAUGAGGUUUUUGUCAUUUAAUUUUGUUUGCAAGGUUGGUUUUACAUAGCGCAGAAUGUAAAAUUUUACUUUGAUAUGACUGUUUUUUGCUGGUUGUAACAUAAAAAACAACCAAGCCACCUCAUGUUUUUGUUCGCAUGUGAAACCAGCCAAAGUGUUGCAGGGUCAAAGCACUUUUUGCUUGUUGCUGUGAAUCAAGCAUAAAGUAGCUGAAUCACAGUGGUUUCAGACCAAACUUGGCAGAAAAGCAGAUGAAUGUGUGCCUUUGUUUAAUACAUCACUCUCAGUUAAUGAAUUAAGUACUUUAUCAUGUAUCAGUGUAUGCUCUCCUGUCAUGUAACUUUGUUCUGGGUCUUUAGUUUUUGCUGUUUUACAGUGUAUAGGAUUCAUUUGUGAAGAUAGAUGUGGCAUGCCACCAUUCCUUACCUCAGAAAACACAUAUUUUACAUAAUUUUAAUUGUUGGUGGUGUCAAAUGUGAAGAUUUCUGUGUAGAAGGUGUAAAAUUUACAACUGAUAGACUAGACAACAGAAGGAAAUUACAUCUUAAUUUGCCAAUUUUGCAGAUAUUUAUGAGAUGACAUACAAGUUUACUCAUUUCAUUUCAAGGCAUGUAGAGGUUUGCUUACAUUUUGAAUAUUUGUUAAUCUUGUAAUGUUAUUUCAUGAAAAUAAGAAUCAUACUGGUGUACAUACUAUUCUGAGGAGUCUUUCAGACAAAAAAAUCUCAUUACACUGCUGCAUUUUGAUAAAAUUCUGCAUGUUUCGCAGCUCAUUACUUCCUUUCAUAUCCUUACAUUUCUAUCUAUUUCUGGCAGUUUGUGAAUUUCACUACUGUGUUAGGUUGUUGAUCAUGCCUGGUCUUCUUCUGAACUACUGAUCAUGCUCAUGCUCAUCAUGCUGACUCAGCAUCCACACAAUUAACAUAGGCUGAUUUUAUUUAGAAUAAACCUACAACGUUGCCCCCAAAAUCUAUUUUCAUAAUGUGUUGAAGCCUCUACACACCAAUAGUCCCACUGCUGAGAUCUUCCCGGGACUGUUUUAUCCAACCAAAGAGGCCUAUUCAGUUUUAUUAUCAUGACAAAAACCAUCACGGCAAACACCACUGGCCAGGAUGGAAGCAGCUAAUGUUGCAACUGCAAAUCCAUUUUUAAUGAAAAAGAAUGACUGAAACAAACUGACCAGAGUUUGACAGAGCAGUGAACAGCAGCCUGUUUGUGGUCAGACAAUGUAGACACCGUCUCCUCCCUGCAGCCCACAGCGUUUGAUUGUGAACCAGAAACUCAGUAGAGAGGACAUCUGAAUCAUGCUGAGCUUGAAAAUUUGUUCCUUUAUCUAUACUGUGUAAAAUCAUGACUGGAUUAAAUAAAACCCAUA